AUGUUUCUGACCGGAAACAUCUCGGUCCCUCUCCGGUCGCCGCUCCGUCUCAGGACCUGCGGCGUGCACCGGGGAAAUGUCGCCGUUUCGGCGCAAUUGCCGCCGACCAAGAGAAGUGAGCCUGCCGCGAGCUACAGCUACUCGAUCUCCGACGACGAGCUCGAGUCGAGAGGCUUCUCGCUCCGGCGGUCGGUCGGGGAGCUGAACAUGGAGCAGCUAAACUCGGUGUUCGUAGCGGUCGGGUUCCCGAGGCGGGACCCGGAGAAGAUCCGGAUCGCGCUGGAGAACACGGACGCGCUGCUGUGGAUCGAGCACCAGAAGACGCAGCGGCCGGUGGCGUUCGCGAGGGCAACCGGCGACGGCGUGUUCAACGCCAUCAUUUGGGACGUGGUGGUGGAUCCGUCGUUCCAGGGGAUAGGGCUGGGAAAGGCGGUGAUGGAGAGGUUGGUGGCGGAUCUGUCGGGGAAGGGGAUCAACAACAUCGCGCUCUAUUCGGAGCCCCGGGUGCUAGGGUUCUACAGGCCUCUAGGAUUUGUUGCGGAUCCGGAUGGGAUCCGGGCAAUGGUUUACUCCAGAAAACAACAGAGGAAGAAGAAAUGAAGAUAAGAUGAAUCAAUCAUCAUUUCAUUAUUCUUUUUCUGAUUCUAAUCUUUUUCUUGUA